CCAGGACGUCACUAUUGACAACAUAAAGAAGCUGGAGUAUGCUCUAGAGGAAACAUUUGUGGAUGAGACCUUAUGCAUGACUGUUGGCCAGCUGGUAGCUAUGCUGCACAGGCCCAAAGGUGCCUUCAAAGGCCUCCACAUUUCUGCCAGUGAGACAACGGCGGUGUUAGAUGGAUAUCAAGCUGACACCAUAGUGAACGUCAGUCUGCCUAGAGAGCUGCAGCCCACUGAAGAAAACAUCGUUGUGUUCUGCAUGAUUACCUGGCCUGGAACAAAUAAAAGCGUCUUUGGGGAACCAAAUGUGUAUGAGAGAAGACUAGUUGGCCUAAGUGUGGGGGGGAAGACAGUUUCAGGACUGCGGGAACAUGUCAACAUCACGAUGAAGCUUACCAUGGACAUAAAUGAGAACAAACAACCCAGCUGUGUUUUCCUCAAUUACUCAUCAAGCAAGUAUGAUGAUCAUGGCUGCGUGACACACUGGGAGCCUGGGCUGGGGCGUGUCACCUGUUCCUGCAACCACCUCACCUACUUUGCUGUGCUCAUGGUGUCUCCCUCCCUACAAACGACAGACCUGGUGAAUCUGUCUUACAUCACUCUGAUUGGCUGCAGUUUGUCGCUCUGUGCUCUGGUUGUCACUCUCCUGCUCUUCAUCACAAAAAGAGGUGCCCGAUCAGAUAUCAACAUGAAGAUCCACAUCAACCUGGUCUUUGCAUUGAUCCUCCUCAACGUCCAUUUCCUGCCCAGCCAGCAGGUGGCAGCACUCUCCUCCCCUGGGUUUUGCAUUUACAUGGCCCUUCUUCUUCACUACUCCCUACUGGCUACCUUCAGUUGGAUGUCCCUGGAGGGCUUCCACCUCUACCUGCUCCUAGUCAGAGUCUACAACAUCUAUGUUAGGAGAUAUCUGCUCAAACUCUGCUUAUUGGGCUGGGGCAUACCUUUGGUCAUCGUGAUCAUGGUGGCCAUCAUCGACCCUCACACAUAUGGCCAAGUUCCUCUGGGCUUUUCUGGUACCAACAGCACUGUUAUAAAGAUAUGCUAUGUGUCCAGUACUUUGGUGAAGAUGGUGACUACAAUGGGGCUGUUCAGCAUUGUGUUUAUCUUCAACCUGGCCAUGCUAAUUGUGACAGUCAGACGUAUUUUGGCUCUCCACCAUCACGAGAUGGUACAGUUUGGACAGGAGGAGAAAGGCAGAGCUAAGAAAGAUGCCUGCAUGGUGCUGGGAAUCACCUGUCUGCUGGGCAUCACCUGGGGCCUUGUCUUCUUCUCUUUUGGCCAUCUGACCACUCCUGGCAUCUACCUAUUUUGUAUCCUCAACUCACUGCAAGGUGUCUUCAUCUGCUUGUGGUUCUGUACGGCUAUGUUGAAGACUGACGGCGCAUCUGCUAACACAGGCAGUGAAACACGCAGUACCAGUGGCUAAACUUCACCAACCAACAACACAACAAAGUGCCGUGUGUGUGUGUGUGUGUGUGUGUGUGUGUGUGUUGGAUAGAAAAUUAGGUAUACAGGUUCUCAAGUGGUGAGCUGUAAAUAUAGACACAAUGUUUUACUUUUUUCUAUUUAAGCUGUUCUUGCAGUAAGAGAAAGACUAUAUUGCGUUUGUAUUUGAGAGUGUGAAAACUUAAGAACGACAUAGGAGAGAGACAAUUAUGUAUGUUUUUAUGGGCAUCAUUUUAUCAAUACAUUUUUGUUCAGACUACAGACAAACACGCGUUGAUUCCACAAGGAUAGACUGUACUUUUAUUUGCAAAUGAUAAGGUUGUUUUGCAUGUGCAGACGUACUUGCGCUAUCUGUAUUUUUUGCUAUGGUACCUGCAACAGGCACAUCUGCUGUACAUGGAUGUUUUUCAGGAGAUUCGGUGGCAAACAAAAGGCUGCAGAAAAGGAAUGCACAUGUAUCAUCUUUGCCUUCACACAAACUGUCCAUCAGCUCAUAGUGCAAAAGAAUUCCUUUGUUGCUGCGGGCAACAUUGAUCAAGAAGUUUGGUACACAGUAUACAGCAAUGUUUUGUGAUGCAGCUAUGACUGUUUUUUGUUGCUUUUUUCUUUUCUGCCACUCCGGAUGUGAUGCCACCGUCAUGUGCUGGAGAAACAAACAAAUUUAAACGUUUGUAAACAACAACAACAACAACAACAAAACAGUUAGCAAUCGACACUGGAGAGAACAGGUUAUGAAUGGCACACGUGUGUCAUGCAGCUGAAACAUUUAUUCUCGUUACAUAAUUGAUCUAAAUCUAUCUUAACAAAUCUAGAAUCCAUUUUAGAAAAAAACUUUAAAACAAAAUAUUAGGUCAGCGUGGCAUGUAGGCUAUUUCAUGGAAAUCAUCUUACACAAAGGCCCGCAUUCAUUUGCAUCCUGUAUUGAUGGAUGGUGUGGAAUUGGAGUGUGCACUCCAAGACAACCUGACGUCUUGUUCCAAUUUAUUUAUUUGUUUAUUUAUUUAUUUAUUUUAUUUAA